UUUCGCGGUAAAACUUGUAAAUUGUCAAGUUCAGUUUUAACGCAUUUUGUUGUUAUUUAUCGGAAAUAAGAAGUUUUCUUUUAAAAUAAUACAAUAAGUACUUUAAAUAUGGAAGACGGUGAUUUUGAUCAGCGAUUAAGAGAUUUACAAAGAGAAUAUUUGGAGUUUUUAGAUGAUGAGGAAGAUCAAGGUGUUUACAUGGAACGAGUGAAGCAAAUGAUAGGAGAAAAAAGUAAGCGACUAAAUGUUAACAUAAAUGAUUUAAGAAGAAAGAAUCCAGAUCGAGCAAAGAAUUUGCUGGAUAAUGCCUUUGAAGAGCAAAUAGCGUUUCAAAGAGCGCUAAAGGAAUAUGUGUCGUCAAUAGACCCAACAUAUGCAAAAGAACAGGAAGAAUUUUUUGUUGCAUUCUCUGGAAGUUUUGGUACUAAGCAUGUCACACCAAGAAGUUUAACAUCAAGGUACUUGGGUAAUCUAAUAUGUGUGGAAGGAAUAGUCACAAGGGUCUCACUGGUAAGACCAAAGGUAGUAAGAAGUGUUCACUACUGUCCUGCUACCAAAAAAGUUAUGGAAAGGAAGUACACAGAUCUUACGUCUUUUGAAGCUUUCCCAACUACUGCUAUUUAUCCUACUAAGGAUGAUGAAGGCAACCCCCUAGAAACUGAAUAUGGUUUAUCCAGAUACAAAGACCACCAGACCCUCACAGUUCAGGAGAUGCCGGAGAAGGCUCCCGCUGGCCAGCUUCCAAGGAGUGUGGAUGUGGUCUGUGAUGAUGAUCUAGUAGAUAUGUGCAAGCCAGGAGACAGGGUUCAGAUUGUGGGCAACUAUAGAUGUCUACCGUCAAAACAGGGCAGUUUUACAGCUGGUACUUUUAGAACUAUCCUAAUAGCCAACAACGUAACACAAAUAAACAAGGAAAUGAAUCUCAACAUCACACUAGAAGACAUAAAGUUAUGUAAGCGACUGGCCAAGCGCACAAAUGCAGACAUGUUUGAAUUGUUAAGCAAGUCUCUAGCACCUUCGAUACACGGACACGAUUUUAUUAAGAAAGCCAUUUUAUGUCAAUUACUGGGAGGAAUGGAGAAGAUACUGCCUAAUGGAACAAGAUUAAGAGGUGACAUCAACAUUCUUCUCAUUGGCGAUCCAUCGGUGGCCAAAUCCCAACUCCUGCGGUAUGUGUUGAUGACAGCACCCAGAGCGAUCACCACCACUGGUCGAGGGUCCUCUGGUGUUGGUCUCACUGCUGCUGUUACUACUGACCCAGAGACAGGGGACCGAAGAUUAGAAGCCGGCGCCAUGGUGUUAGCGGACAGGGGUGUAGUGUGCAUCGAUGAGUUCGACAAGAUGUCGGACAUCGACAGAACGGCUAUACACGAAGUGAUGGAACAAGGGCGGGUGACGAUCGCUAAGGCGGGGGUACACGCGGCGCUGAAUGCGCGCUGCUCGGUGCUUGCUGCAGCUAACCCGGUUUAUGGAAGGUAUGACCAAUACAAAACGCCAAUGGAGAACAUCGGGCUCCAAGACUCGUUGCUAUCUCGUUUCGAUCUGCUCUUCGUGAUGCUGGACAUCGCGGACGCGGACCAUGAUAACAUGAUCUCGGAGCAUGUGCUGAGGAUGCAUCGAUACAGAAAUCCAAAAGAACAAGACGGUGAAGUGCUGCCAAUGGGUUCGUCAGUGGACAUGCUGUCAACAGAAAAUCCUGAUAAUGAUGAUGUUGAGGACUCAACGGACUCAAUAUACGAAAAAUACGACCCUCUCCUUCACGGCCGGACCCGCAACAAAAAGGACCAGUACUUCAGCACCAAGUUCAUGAAGAAAUACCUGCACAUAGCCAAGCUGAUGAAGCCCAAGCUGACCCAGGAGGCGUCUGAUGCGAUAGCUGAUGAGUAUACCAAGUUACGGAACCAGGAUAUGAUGGAGAGCGAUGUGGCCAGGACACAACCAGUAACAGCUCGUACGUUAGAAACACUGAUCCGUCUGGCCACAGCGCACGCAAAAUGUCGUCUCAGUUUCCAAAUAACAGAACUGGAUGCGUUAUGCGCUAUUGAACUUGUUCACUUCGCUUACUUUAAACGGGUUCUAACAAAAGAAAAACGUCGCAAACGUCGCGCGUCAUCAGGUGACGAAGCGUCGGAUAAUGAGACGACGCCCUCACAACCACGACCCAAACGAUCGAGACGGACGCAGAAAGACGGCGAAGCAGAUCCCUACGAGUUUUCUUCGGACGAAGAGGCAGAGACAGUACUUCGGAGGGCGCAUACAGCCAGACAACCAGACGCAGAACCUAAGAAGAAACCCUCGCAAACCACUGUUAUCGAGACCAAUAGGUUAACAGAAUUCAAGUCAGCGCUCCAACAACUAUUCCGAGAAGAGCGAGCCAAUUCCCUCCCGCUAGAGAGAAUAACAAUGUACGUGAAUGAGAAGUAUUCGCACGCGAUAUUCAGCUCUGGAGAGAUCACAGCAGCCUUGGAGCGCAUGACACAAGACAACCAAGUUAUGAUGGCUGACGAUAUUGUGUUUUUGAUCUAGUGUUGCCAGUUUGUGUGUUAAGUGUUGCCAGUUAAUGUAAUAAAAAUCAAUAUUGGAACAUGUUGUUUGGAGAAUUACGGAAAAAUCGACAAAUGCUUAAUUGGAGAGCGAGUUAACUCAUUCCUACUUGAUAGAGUAACACACGUGAAUGAAAAGUAUUUGCACACUGUUCAGUUCUGGAGAGGUCACAGUUGCUUUGGAACGGAUGACACAAGACAACCUAGUGUUGUCAGUUUAUGUGUUAAGAAUUGCCAUGUGGGUCUGUGGUAUUGCCAGUUUAGUAAAUGUAAUAAAUAUCAAGUUUGUUUUGGAAAUUCAUGGAAAAAUCCUACUAAUUAGGGAAGGUUUAGUUAACUCUCUCCCACGAUUACACUAAUUUCUAAUGAAUCAAGAUUUCUAUGUCCUGUUUGGUUUAUUUUCAUAGAAGAAUCUGUGCCAUCGGUCGUCAUUUGUAUUAACUUAUAAAUUGCAUAGACUGGCUCUAAGGUAGAAUUUGUUAUGUAUCUUGAUUAUCGAUUUUAAUCUAUUUUUGUAAUGUUUAAAAUGUUAAGAUCAUGUAGCUCUAAAUGUUUGUAAUUAAGAUGUAAGAAUCUGCCUUAUUUUGUACCUACCUAACUGAUAAGUUAAUCACAACUGUUUUUAUUGUAAUUUGUUAAGUGAUUAAUAAAUCUGAAUCUAAAGGAA